UUUAUAAAUCAUUUGAAUUUGACGACCAUUUCGUCGGCUUUAGGCGACAAUACGAUGGAAGUGAAUAUCAGUGACGGGAAUGGCAUCUCUCAUAACCAUAGCUGUGAUCCAGAAUAUAUUGAAUUCAGAAAUAACUCUCGCUUUUGGGUGCAACGAGUCUUAGUGCCAAUUAUUAUGAUAAUCGGUGUCAUAGGGAACAGCAUUACGAUCGUCAUUAUGACCAGACGUAAGAUGCGGUCGUCGACCAACUCGUAUUUGGCGGCGUUGGCCACCUUUGACAUGCUGUACCUCAUCUUCAUAUUCGUCUUAUCCCUGAGCGCCUACCCCAACAUCAAAGACAUCCAAUACUACUACUACUGGUACUUCUGGCCGUUCGCUAUCAUGAUAGCCGACGCCUCGUCCAACACAUCCAUUUGGCUGACCGUCACCUUCACUAUCGAGAGAUAUAUCGCUGUGUGUCACCCGAUCAAAGGCAAGGUGUUGUGCACCGAGAGUCGUGCCAAACGUGUCAUACUGUGUGUAUUCCUGGUGUGCUUCACAUUCACACUGCCGACCCCUUUCGAGUGGGUUGUGGUCGAGAAGAACUCCACCGAAACGGGUGCCGUCUAUUUUCAGGCCGACUUCAGUGACCUUGGUCAUAAUGACCUGUACCGUACGGUCUACUACUAUCUCAAUGUCAUCCUAUUUGCUUUAAUACCGUUCCUAUCGUUGGCCAUAUUUAACGCGUUUCUCAUUCGCUCGGUCCACGUGUCCCGUAAGCAACGGAAUACAAUGAUCCAGGUCCUCAUAUAUUCCGUGUUUUACAACUCGGAGAACGAGGAGACAAACACCGGGUGUCUCAUCAGAGGGUUGGGAAAUAUAUUCAACUUUUUGUUGGCCAUCAACGCCACCGGAAACUUUGUGCUCUACUGUCUGUUGAGUCAAAAGUACCGGAGAACAUUUCUCGCCAUAUUCUGUCCAUGUCUUAAA